CCCCGUUCUUCCAGCGUAAUUUCUGGGCCAGAACUUGCGACAGCUGGCUCGGCAAUUCGGCUGGGCGCUUGUUCACGCCGUCGAAUUUCUGCUCCCAGCCCAUUUUUGAAAAACCUCCACGAAGGAAUUACGCUAGUGGAGCGCAGGCACCAUGGAACCCAGCUCACUCGUGGUUUCAUAUCACGCGACAGCGCCAAAACAAAAAUCUGGUCAUUUGCUGCACGAGCUUUCUGUCGCUCGUUUGACUGACAGCCCGCCAGUCGAGAGAAUGAAUGGUUGGUUUCUGGAAUAGACCAUGCCGAAUAUUAACACAGAAGUUUAAGGAGGGCAAAAGAAAUGAACAAUGAACACGGCAUCGAAUUGUUAUCAAGAAGGAGAGUCCAUUCUGUCAAGAUACAUCAUCUGCCAAGGUGAGGUAUUGUCAGGUUCCUACCAGUGCUGAUAUCUCAAUCUCAACGUGUGGGAAAGAUGCUGGCAACGUGCCUUUGGCAAAACCAGACGGCUUUUCUACGUUCCCUCCAUUAUAUCCGGUACAGCUUCCAAAAGCUAACAGGAAAUGGGCAUAAUAUGGAAAAUCUCGAAGCUAAAGUUUGACAUGGAAGUUAUGACGGAAGGCACCGUGUAUAACAGCUUCCCCUUUUGCAAGCCUGAUCAGAACUGCCGCUGAGAGAAUGAAAACAACAAAUGGCAAAAUGAAGAGUAUACUGCACUGCCUUCCAACACCUGUAAUACCACCAAUACUGCUGGCGAGCCAAACUCGGUAUACCAAACCACGCACAAACAUGGUCUUGGAAUGGUACACUUGACACUCUAUCUUAAAUUAUGAUCACUUUACAGUACUAGAGCCAGAAUUUCCUACCUUGGUAAAUCUCCUAUGUGGUACAGCCCGCCUCUCAAGACAAACCGAACCGCCCACUUGACGCCACUUUCCCUUGAGGAUAUAUACCUACCCGUAGGUUCCUAAUCAGGUCAUGAGAGCAACAGCAACUCGCCAUGCCUACAACAUCCAGAAGCUCCAGCAACAUCAACCACCAGGUCGCCGAGGCCAACAAGGACGGCAGGAUGUCCGCAGCAGCAGCGUCCAGCCCCGCCCAACCGGCUUCCAGCAGAGCAGCAACCGCCAGCAACACCAUGGGCUUAGCGCAGGCUAGUUCGCGCGCCGCGGUACGAUCCAACUCGGGCUCGGACACCAACGUCGACAUACUACCUCAGCACAUCAGGCGCGGGCCACACGGCAGCUUCGAGUGGGAUAACAGAAUCUCGCCGCAGAGGGGGCCGUACAAGGACGACCCCCAUGGCCACGUCAAAGACUACUUUGGUCCGUCCGAGUCUGUGGGCAGUAGCGCAGCUGAGAACCUCAGGGUGUUGGUGACGUCCAAGCCUGAUGGGUACUCGAAGCAUGGCACGUCGCAAGCGUGAGCGUCUUCCAUCCCAGCUAUCGAAAAGGGGACGACGGUGGGGUGUCGACAGAGGUGUUAAUGCUUUGUUAUCAGCAGUCAUAGCUCAUUACAGAAGAUUCUGGUCAAGACGGAGCAGCAGAAUGCCCUCUCUAAAGACCAGACGUAUGUAUCUUGUGGGCGGAAAGAAUCAUCGACCUCUUCAAAUCACUGCGGUGUAGCCGGAGGCGCUGUUAAGGCUGGAAAAGAAAGACGGGAGGCGUGUUGAUGUUGUGGGUUGAGAGCGGAGUGAUCCAGGAUCACAUUUGGCGGCUACAAUGCUGGGGAUGUCUUGUCAAUUCCACAACAGAGUGUGGGUUUGAUGGGUUUUGAAUUGGGCGGUACAGGUAGAUCAGACGCGUGCUUUAUCCAAUAUAUCCUGUAGGUCAAGUCAAAAGCCGGUGCGAUUCUAAUAGCUAUAUGUCACCUUGUCUAACGAGCCAUAGUACCGUCGUCUUAUCAAUCCGGGAAAUCGCCGGCUUUGGAAACCACUUCAGUCG